AUGGAUAAAUCAGAUCUCAUUCAACAACAACAGCAGCAGCAGCAGCAUGUGAUGGGAGUUGCUGCAGGUGCUAGUCAAAUGCCCUAUUCUUCUCACUACCAGACUGCUCCCAUAGUGGCUGCUGGCACACCUGCUGUAGCUGUUGCUUCUCCAACACAGGCUCCUGCUGCCUUCUCUAGUUCUGCUCACCAGCUUGCAUAUCAGCAAGCACAGCAUUUCCACCAUCAACAGCAGCAGCACCAACAACAGCAGCUUCAAAUGUUCUGGUCAAAUCAAAUGCAAGAAAUUGAGCAAACAAUUGACUUUAAAAACCACAGUCUCCCUCUUGCACGAAUAAAAAAGAUAAUGAAAGCUGAUGAAGAUGUCCGAAUGAUUUCAGCAGAAGCUCCAGUCAUAUUUGCAAAAGCAUGUGAAAUGUUCAUAUUGGAGUUAACAUUACGGUCUUGGAUUCACACUGAAGAGAACAAGAGGAGAACUCUACAAAAGAAUGAUAUAGCAGCUGCUAUUUCAAGAAACGAUGUUUUCGAUUUCUUGGUUGAUAUUAUUCCAAGAGAUGAGCUGAAAGAGGAAGGACUUGGAAUAACUAAGGCUACUAUUCCGUUAGUGGGUUCUCCAGCGGAUAUGCCCUAUUACUAUGUCCCUCCGCAGCAUCCUGCGGGACCUCCUGGGAUGAUGAUGGGAAAGCCAGUUGAUCAAGCAGCGGUAUAUUCUACACAGCAGCCUCGACCUCCCAUGGCUUUCAUGCCAUGGCCCCAUACACAACCUCAGCAACAACAGCCACCCCAACAACAGCAAACAGAUUCGUGA